CCCAUCCAAAAACAUCGCACUCGAACCGCCAGAGACCACGGCCGCAUUCCCGGCUACUGGCGUAGUGACUUUCAUCCUCAACGCAAUCAUCCAUUCCACGACCACGACGAUCCACGCGCAAAUCCUAGUUCAGGCCUGUCGCGCCAAAGGAGACUUUCACCAGAGACGCUGAAGCAAAGGGCGCAAGAAGUGUUUGUCGCAGCCAUGGCGGAUAUAGAUUUCAAGGAAGAGCGCGACGAUAGGCGCGACGACCGACGUGAUGACAGGCGUGAUCGCGGUGGUCAUCGAGGGAACAAGCGCCGCCGCGACGAUGACAAUGACAACUACUACCGUGGUGACGAUCGCCGUGGGCCCCAGCGACGCCGCCAUGAUGAAGGUAUCCCACGCCGCCGAUAUGAAGAGCCGCCGUUUCCGAGGUUGCGUAGACUGCUCCUCAACAUUGCCAGUUCCACCAAGCUGCCACAAGACGAGGCCAUUGACAUUGCAAAGUUCUUUGGGGAGCACUUUGAUGAUGAGCGUAUCCGCUCCGACUUCUUCGAUGUCAUGGUCCAACUCAUUGUCGAACAGCCGUUCAAAAUCCCGUUUAUUGCGGCCGUCGCCUACUACGCAAACGACGUAAAGCCAGAAAUCACCAUCGAGGCCAUGAAGCGCGUUUCAGACAGAGCACAGGAGGCACUCAAUGCUGGAGAGUGGAAAGAGUUCAAGCUCCUCCUGAGGUUCUUUGCUUGCUUGCAAUCGCUGUACGAGGACGACGGUGUCUUUGGCUUCCUCGGUCAGCUGUUUGAUACGGUCGUGGAUCUGCAAAGUGCAAAUGAGAACGAUGUUGUUGGUAUUGAACUCGUCAAGAUUAUUCUACUCACCAUCCCUUACGCGCUCGUUGCCGGAGGAGAGCGCUUCCACGAGCAUGCGCGGCAGCUGUUGAAGAACACUGGCAUUGUAGCGAGUAACAUGGUUCCCAUUGAGAGCCUUAUCCACUCCUAUGUCGGCGACUUCGAGUCCAAGCCAGUCAGCUACAACAGCGUCAUUGCCCUCCUCCAGGCGCAGCUUUCAGCCGAGGCGGAAUCUGGAUUCGAGCUCAGGUGCAUUCCACGUAUUGACCCCGAGGCCCUGCGUAUCAUGAAUGCCAAAGAAGAUGACUCUUUGCCCACGGCUCCUCAGACUCACACUCUCCCCACAUUCACCAUCCCAUCUCCCGUUAACCCUGGCCCUCGACCCGUCUUCCCGGAAGCCUACUUCUCCCUUUUUGCCGACCAGGAAGUCGAUACGGUGCCCAAGACGACUGACAUUGCAUCUUCGCUUGUACGAGAUGCUAUUGUGGAUACCAUCAACCAGCUCGACUUCAACCGUGAGAUGGUUGCCAAGUUUCUCGUCGACGUGGACUGUUACUGGUCUGUCGACAUCUUCGCCAAGCGUGGUUCGCCCUUUGAUAAGUUCCGAGAGCUAGUCGGCGAUAAGAUCCAGUACAAGUCUGAGGACAUGAUUAUUGACGCCAUCUUCUCGCAACUGUUCAAGCUGCCCAGCGCCGAACACAAGCUCGUCUACUACCACUCGCUCAUUACACAGUGCUGCAAAGUAGCUCCUGCGGCAAUUGCCCCAUCGCUGGGACGAGCUAUUCGCACCAUUUACAAGAACCUGCCCAUGAUGGACCUGGAGUUGGGAUACCGAUUCCUUGACUGGUUCUCGCACCAUCUUAGCAACUUUGAGUUCCGAUGGAGGUGGACUGAAUGGCUGGACGACCUCGACCUUUCCAACUUGCACCCGAAAAAGGCAUUCAUCCUUGCCACCUUGGACAAGGAGAUUAGACUUUCUUUUGCCAAGCGUAUCCGGUCGACUCUGCCAGAGCCAAUGCACUCGUUGAUUCCCGAGCGACUAGACGCAGACAACAGUCCCGACUUCAAAUACGACAACCCGGAAACCCCAUAUGCCGUUGAAGGCCAGACGUUGCUCAACCAACUUAGAAAGAAGGCCACACCUGAGGAAGUACAAGUCACGAUUGACAGCAUCCACGAGAAGGCUCUCGCGCAAGGUGUCAGCGAAGUUCUCGUGCCUUCAACCGAUGCCUUUGUUACUGCCAUCUGCCGCCUGGGCGCAAAGUCGUUGUCUCACGUUCUAUCGUGCAUUGAGCGAGGCAAGGACCGGCUCCUGGAGAUUUCGCAAAACGAGACUGCACGCCGUCAGAUUGUAGCGAGCGUGGUCGAGUACUGGAAAGACCAGCCUGGUGUGGCUGUGCGCAUCAUUGACAUCUUGCUCAACUACACGAUUCUUGCGCCUAUGACGGUUGUGCAGUGGGUGUUUGGCAGUCACAUGGGGGCUGGAGAGGCUUUGACUGAGAGCUGGGUUUUCGAGAUGGUGUCCAACACAGUCGCCAAGGUGACCAACCGCAACCGCCAGAUCGCGUCGGCCCGUCUCCAGAAGGGACUUCCACAGGAGCAGAUUGAAAUGGUUGAAGCGACGCUGGCCAAGGACAGAGACAAUGCGCGGGAGCUCUUUAAGUACAUUGAGGACUCGAUGCGCGGCGUGGCCGAGGGCUCUGCUGACACGUUGAUUGAGAAGUCUUCGAGUGGCGCGCUGGGCGAUGAAGAGGUUGAGCUGAUCAAGGCUUGGGGCAAGCGCUGGCAGACCGUCUUCAUCCGCAAGGCUCAGGUGGAAGAGUCUGUUGUGGGCGAGGAGGCCGUCGAGGCGAGGAUCAAGCUUCUUGCUUCUCAGCCCGACCCCGUUCCCGAGAGCAUGGAGCAGGACGACAACGGCACGGUCGAGGCGGCAAACGGCGAGGCGCAGGUGUAGUGGGUCGAGGGGGACGGAGCACGCGAGACAUCACCUGGCAGUCCAGCAAAAGCAUGCGUCCAGCAGCAUGUGCAUUCGUACGGGCGUAUCGGUGGCUAUUGAGUUGGGAUUGAAUUUGGUCUAGUCGUGUAUGAUAGGUCCGAGAGUGAGGAGGAGCAUGUGUGCUGCUGCUGUCGCGCCCGUUUCAGGGCUCGAUGGCCCGACAGCAGGGCGCAUGAAGUAAUCUAUGUGCAUGUCCG